UAGAUUCAUAACUUCGCAUCGAUUUUCAAGAUGGCAGUAUCAUUAGUGAUGUAGGUCAGGCGCAACAAGAAAGCGUUAGCUAUAAAUCCUUUUAAACUGACAUUGACAAUCUCAGAUCGUACCUCCAUGGUCAACACUUGAUUAAAGGUCAUUGCUUGACACGUCUAAAAUAUAAUUGAACCUCUUACAGUAAGUGUUGUGACUUAGAUACGAACAGUUAUUUAGUGCUCCUAUUUUAUCUGUGGCGAAAAAAGAUUAAUUAUUCAAAAUGUUCAAGACUUUAAUGUUUGUGGCUGCGGCUGCAGUGUUGGCGUCAGCCCAUGAUGACUCAAUAGAAGUAAAGCAAGCUAUCGUGAAGUUGGAUGGUAACGGUGUGUCUGGCCUGGUGAAGUUCAUCCGUUUGGAUGAUGGCAAGGUCCACGUGACUGGCAAGGUGACUGGCAUGCCCGCGGGCCAGUACGGCUUCCACAUUCAUGAGUCUGGAGACUUGUCUAAUGGCUGCAUUUCCACCGGAGGACAUUUUAACCCCAACGGAAAUGACCAUGGACAUCCUCACGAUGAAAACCGCCACGUUGGAGACCUUGGAAACGUUGAGUUCGACAACACUAAGACCGCCAACAUUGACUUCGUAGACCCUCAGAUCAAGCUGAACGGUCGCCACAACAUCAUCGGCAGGGCUCUGGUCCUCCACCAGGGUGCUGAUGACUACGGCAGGACUGACCACCCUGACUCCAAGAAGACUGGCAACGCUGGCGGACGUGUCGUCUGCGGAAUCGUCGGAAUUUUGUCCGAAGAACCCCCAACGGCUAAUUCGGCUGCAACUUCUACCAGUAGUAUACUGACAGUUAUUUCUAUUUACUCUUUAAUUGCUAUUUUAUUGAAUUAAACUAAGAUUAAUAUGUAACUUAUACUGUUCAUAGGAACUAAGGAAUAUGCUGUACUGUAAUUUAUGUACUUAAUUAUGUCAAUUGGCUUAUAUAUGUAAAUGUUUGGCAAAAUAUCUCGACUAGUUCCAAGCCAUGCAGCCCUGUAAACUGCGCAUCGUGUGUCAUGCUACGCUCAUAAUCAUGAGCCCCUUUUUGCGAGGGGAAUGUCAUCAAAUGUCUUCUCCCGCCCAGGGUGGGGCUGGAGGGAGUGUCAGACUCUUACUGACUAAAACCACCCCGUUCCUUCUCCUGCUCUAGGCCGAGGUCGCGGUGCGUUAUUGCGCUUGUCCCGCAACUCCGGCUGAACAUCAGCCCUAUAGGACCCUGUCUGAAUUAUAAGCCCCUAGCUUGGCUUGAAAUUAGUCGAGUUACUUUGCCAAAGAGUACCUACAUAAGUAAACUACCUACAUAACUUUAUUCAUAUACAAACAUAUAAAUUAUAAUGUAAAUCAAAUACUUAAUUUUUUGGAUUAUACAUAAUUUAAAUGCUAAAGAUAAAACAGUACAAAUCGAACGAGUCAUCCCGGGUUUGACCAGUGAUAGUCUUCUGAUUUUCCCAGUUACUUUUCUUGUUUUUCUUUGAUUUCAUGACUUUUCUUUUAACAAGAAAAACAAAAGCAUGGUCGAAUGAAUUCGAUAAUAGUGCUUAUCACUUUAACACCGAUUGUUUGUUAUUUAUUUAUUGUUUAGUAUAACAAUAUGGUA